AUAUGCAUUAUAUGAAGGUAAAUACCCGCGUAUACACUUAGUAGGCGGACAAUUUCAUUACGUAAUACAACACGCUGUUUUAUAAUUGUACAACUGAAGGUUAUUCUGCUGCUGCUAGAAAAAACAGGUUUGAUGAUUGAAACAUCUUGAGCUUUAAAGUCUUGAAGUAACCUUAAUCAAAAUUACCAUCAUGGCGUCUAUAAGCGAUGAUGAGGUAUUAGACAUUCGUGAGGGAACGCAAAAGUCUGUUCGCCGGACACUUGGGAAGUCAGGAAAGGUGGAGGAUCAGAAAGAACCAAAUGUGCCAGAGGGUAACUUAGCAACGGAUGACGAAUACAGCUUCCUCGCCCCUGGUCGAGACUAUGAGCCUAUGAACACAACUCACGUCUACACUACGCAAGAGAAGAAAACUCUGGCAUCAUAUGAAAGUCUUGAUUACCUCCCUUCACAUAGUGACAUCUACAAAAACUGGAUAAAAAAGCAGAAGGUUUCCUUAUUCCAUCUGGAUGUGUGGUUUAUGAUGGGGCUCAUUGGCUUCUGUGUGGGGCUGGUAGGCUUUGUUCUGCAUCAGCUCAUUGAGAAAAUAGCCUCUGUCAAAUGGGAGAUCACUCAGAAAUACAUAGAUGACAGCAACUUUGUGGUGGCCUGUCUCUUUGCCAUGGGAUACGGCAUACUGUUCAUUACCUUCAGUGCGGGUAUUGUUAUUUAUUUACGUCCGUGUGCGGGUGGCUCGGGUAUUCCAGAAGUUUCGGGCUUCUUGAACGGAACUAACGUGAGGCACAUCUUAAACAUCAAGACCUUUUUUGUCAAGUUCUUCUCAUGUGUGACAGCCGUCGGGUGUGGGUUUCCAGUGGGCCCAGAGGGGCCUAUGAUACAUCUGGGGGCGCUGGUUGGAGGGGGUGUAAGUCAGUUCCGCUCGGAGACACUCGGUAUCAAGCUGCCAAUACUGGAGAAGUUCCGCACAUCUGAGUCCAGGCGUAACUUUAUCUCGGCUGGUGCGGCUGCGGGGGUGGCGUCAGCGUUCGGUGCACCUGUUGGUGGGUUACUCUUCUCUAUGGAGGAAGUGUCCUCGUUCUGGACCGUCACACUCUCCUGGCAGAUCUUCUUUUGCUGUAUCAUCGCCUCAUUCACAACCGACCUGUUCAAUUCUGCAUUCCGGGAUUUUCGGUAUACAGGCAGCUUUGGACAGUUCAAGACUAACAGAUAUAUCCUAUUUCAGAUUGAUGAGGGUGUUGAUGUGAACAUCUUCAUGUUCAUCCCGACCAUAUUGAUAGGGGUGAUAGGCGGGCUCCUUGGUGCAGGCUUCACCAUUAUCAACCUUAAGAUCACCAAAGGUCGCAAAAACCUUCUUCACAAGAUACGACAGGACUGGGGCCAGAAACUCGUCAAGCUCCUGGAGCCCGUAGUUAUCAUGAUCAUUGUGACGAUGUUUUCUAUCUUGAUGCCCAAGGCAUUCUCAUGUACACAGUUUACAUGUAUACAGGGUCCAACAGGGGAUCCAACGUACGGGUGCUUCAAUGAUACGCGCAACCAGCUGCACGUGGAUGUGAAUGUUGUGAAAUAUACCUGCACAGAAGGCAAGCCCUGGCAGGUGGACAACCACACGUUCAAAACCAACGCUUCUUACAAUGAAGUGGCGUCCCUGCUGUUCGGUACCUUGGAGGAUGCAGUGACCUUCCUGUUCUCGCGCGACACUCAUAUCCAGUUCAACUACACCGCCCUGUUCUCGGUCCUUCCGUUCUACUUCUUCAUGGUUCUGUGGGCGUGUACCACGGCAGUGUCCUGUGGGGCCCUUGUACCAAUGCUGAUGGUGGGGGCGGUGUAUGGGCGUAUUGUGGGCCGCCUCAUGGUCACCAUGUUUGGGGUCCACCAGGAAGGCUACUGGGAAUGGAUGGACCCUGGGGCCUUCGCUCUCAUAGGGGCCGCAUCGUUUUUCGGAGGGGUCACACGCCUCACCCUGGCCACCACAGUCAUUAUGAUGGAGCUGACCAAUGACGUGCAGGUGUUGCUGCCGGUGAUGGUGUCUGUCAUGGUCUCUAAGUGGGUGGGGGACUUCUUCACUCAUCCGAUCUACCACGCCCUGCUUGAGAACAAGUGUAUUCCAUUCCUUGAUGCGGAGCCACAGGUCACUGUUGAUAAAAAAAAUGAUUUCAUGGGAGGAGAAAGGCUGCAGUUGGAGCUGUACACAGCAGGGGACGUGAUGGCUCACCCGGUAAUCACGCUCAAGUGUAUCGAGAUGGUCACCGUGCUAUCCGAUCUGCUACUCAACACCUCACAUGGUGGCUUCCCUGUCGUGAAGAGGGGCAAGGAUAAUGAGCAACACUUCUUUGGACUGAUUACCAGACUGGAGCUUACUGUGAUCCUGAUGAACGAGGACCUGUUUGUACCGGUCAGUGAGGUGGAGGAAAUUGAUUCAGAGUUUGUCAGCUCACAGGAGUCUCACUGGAUAGAGUUUGACCAGUUAAACAUCCACAAACUGGACAAUCCUGAACAAACAAGUGAGAAGUUAAACAAAUACAUCGAUGAGAAAAAAUACAAGAACCUGACAUUAGAUUUGAAACCAUAUAUCAACCAGUCUGCCAUGAACAUUCCUGAGAAGUUCUCACUCAAGAGAACCUACGUGUUGUUCCGCACGCUUGGAUUGCGUCACCUAACUGUGACAAACAGCCGCAACAUCGUGAAGGGAAUCAUCACGCGUAAAGACCUCAUGGGCUUCAGUCUCCAGGAGAGACUCACCGAGAAAAUCAAUGCCUCUCGGGAAAUGAAUCAUAUCGCCCAGCCUGGAAACAAUGUGAUCUGAUGGCCGUUGGAAAGGAUGGUGAUCUCCCAACAGCAUGCUACAAAAUGGAGCUCAGCAGAUCAAAACUUUCCCUAUACAUGUUGUGUGAGCCUGUCAACUAUUAGCCUGCGCAAUGCUGCAUGUGUUGUUGACUGGCAUCGUUGAUUUUUAUGUGAAAUGACUUUUGGAGAAAGUUUGCUCAUGUGUGAUAUUUAUCAGAUAAAGUAUUUUGUAUGAAACAGAUUUGUAUACUGCCAUGUACUAUAAUUGGAUGCUGUUGUCAUGUACUAUAAUUGGAUUCUGUAGUUAUUUUAUAUGUAGUAUUGACACUUAUAAGGAAUGGGGUUGGCUAUCAUUAUUUUUGGUCUUCCAUCUUUAAAGACAACAACUUUGUUACUUAUGGGAAUCUGUCCAUUCUUUUAUCAAAACUUCUUACAUUUCAAUGAAAAAAAGAGACUAAAAAUCUGAACUCCUAACUGCUAUUACCCAUAGAUAAUUGCUUAACCACUUAAAAAUCAUCCAAGACACUUUAGGGUGUAUUUGGUUGGAGGACAAAUUUCUGCUUUUUUAUGUAACUAGUCCUUUGAUGUAUUACAAAUCAGAGAACCAGUCAUAGAUUGUGCAAUACCAUGAUAUCUGUAAAUUACUCAGUACGGUAUGUUAAAGUAUUGCAUGAUAUUCAGUUAUUUUUUUUGCUCUAUUGGGAAAAGUACCAGUAUGGGUCCAAAUGGGAAAAAUUAGUGCAUUAAAAGCCUUAUCUUAAUUGAACAAUUUGCAUCUCGAAAUUUUGGGAAUGUUAGUGUUUUUAUUGCUUGAUACUUUACUGCACUUUCUCUUUAAAAUAUUAUUUUAUAGGCAUUCCAAGAUGACCAUUUUGUACAAAGUUGAUAAUUACAGCAAAAACUUACCAAGAACAUAAACACUGCAAGUUGUUAUUGCUACUUAAAAUUAGAUAUUUAUGUUUUAAAAAAGCUUCUGUCUCAAGGAAACAUGUCUUUGUUUUAUUCCUUUUGAUAGAAAUGGUUGUAAAAUGAUUGAACAACUCGGGCAUUUCAUGGAAACACAUUCCUUUAAGAUAAUAAUCACUCCAACAGAAAAAUUGAUAAAACACACUGUUUUAUUUAAGUUGAUUUAAACAAUCAAGUUGCUUGUUGUAUAGCACAUCAAAUCAAUUUUAUUUGCUACAUUGCUAUCAAGGCAUUUGUAUAUAUUUUUUUUAAAUUGAAAUUUAAGAUUUUUUUCUUGAUUUGGAAAGUUCCAUUCAUGAGUACUUUAUAAAGAAGGGGUGAAAAGCUUAUGUUCAUUAACAAGCCUGGCUUUUCAAAUGUCAGCCACUAAUUUACAGACAGUGAACUUCUUUUCUUUUCUUUUUCCAUGUUUCCCAGGCAAGACAAUUUUGUUCUUUUUUUAUUUGUGAGAUAGGACAAUAAUAUUAGUCGGGGACGUGCAAAGAUUGGUAUUAAACAGAGUCAUAAUAUUUGUAAAUGUAACCAUUUCUAUCGAAAUAUGUUCAUUUUGAUAAACCACUUAUCUAUUUAAUAUCUAUUUCAUUUAUUAUUAUUAUGUUUUUUCAUUCAUUUAUCUAAUGUAUUUUUCAUUUAUUCUUCUGUACUUUCAUGAUUUUAUCAUACAUAUUUAUAAUUCUUCUGUACAGUUUUAAAUAAGGUUGUGAAUGACACUGUAAAUUGUCUUGCACAAACUAUUAUAUGAUAUUAAUUUUGUAAUCAAAUUAUUAUACAUAAUCAAAUUAUAUACAUUUUGCUUUUAAAUGUACUUAAUAAAUACUCUAUGUGUAAA